CUCAAACUUAAUCCAGAACUUGGUAAAAUAUUCAAGCCUCUAUAAGCACCGACCGAGGGUGCUUGAGCCACUGCCCCUUUAAUCGCGAAAGUGAAAGUGCCCUUUGCGAGAAGACAAAUAGCCUACCAUCCAAUAAAAGUUUGGGCAUAAUUGUUUUUCUCUCGUUAAAGCAAAGGUAUGUUUUAAAUAAAUGUUGGAGUUGGAGUUAAAGCUUGGAGACAAAGCUUUGAUGACAGAAUUGAAAGUUCUAGCUGGCAGAGGAAAAUUAUACAAAGUCAUAAAUUCUUCAUAUUCCAGUAUAAUAGCAUCAUUUUUAAAUAAAUCCAAAACAAAAACAAUGCCUCUGUCAUAGUCAGCAGAUGGUGCAGUUUACAGCAGCCGCAGCGUUGACAGCUUUACGUCUUUCGAAACGCGACAGUCAACGUGAUCUGGCGUGCGUCAUACAUGUGCGCAAAGCAAACAGCUCAGCCAUUUUUUUGUUUUCAUUUAUUAAUAAAAAGCUUUUUAAACUAUGUUUAAACUGCGAUCGAUUGAUUGAUACGCUUGAAGGUGUGAUAUCAUAUUUAAAGACUGUAGUCUGUAUCGAGAGAACUGACAAACAUUUGACUGCGUUACAUCCACAGCAUCUGUUUGUGGGAGGCUCAGGAAGUAAAUAGUCAUGACAGAGAGAAUAUUUGUGUUUGUUGAUGAAGAGGAGCUUUUUAAUUUGAUGAAGGACCUUGACUGUCUCUACUGUAGGAAUCCAGUUACGGCAUCUAAACAUCACCUCAAAAAGAGACAUCUCAGAUUCGCCAUAUAUUAUAAAGAUUCUGGCAUUGGGAAGUUUUCUAUCCCCUGUUAUUGUGCUGAUGGAGGCCAUGGCAGGAGCCACUGGCACUGCCCAAUGUGCACAAAAAUAUUGCAAAGGACAAAGGAUUACAAAAUCCAUAUUACCAACCAUGGUGUUGAGAUGACAGACAAAUCAACAGUUGAGCUACAACCUACAACAGUCCUGUUGGAGACUCUGCAAACAGACAAUGAAGACAGGACAGCAGGCAAUAAGUCAGCAUGCCAAAAGUGUGGAAUCCACUUUACUACCACAUCAAAUUUGAGACGCCACGAGAGACUACAGCACGGCCAUGACCAACAGCCCAUGUUAUGCAUAGAUGCCAAAAAUGCAAUCUAUGUUACACCCAAGGAUCUGCAUGGACCUAGAGUGCCCAUUCAUAUCCGUAAAUCCUUUGCCUUACAGAUUCUGCUUUGUGAAUUGGAAGAAUGCUGGGAUUUCAUGAAAGCGCAGGCCCAGAGAGGAAAUCCUGGUAAAGAAUGCCGGCACCUCGUGAGAACUAAUCACGCACGACACUACGUUCCCCCUCCACCACUGUGUGUCAACUCUCUGGAGGAAAUGACUGACAAACACCUCCUGUCCAAAUCGGAGAAACAGGAGUGCCAGGAAAUGAACUCAAGGGCAUGUUUAGAGGGAGUCGAUUGUGUGUACCCUAUUUUUUGGGAGGAGCAUGAACUUUCAGAGAGAUGCAUCUACUUUUCUGUGUACACCGACCUUAAGGACAAAUGGUGUCAGUUUGGGAGGACACGUGUCUCUUUUGAUACCAAGUCUGGCAACUGGAAGUGUCUAUGUGAACACAAAAGAAACCAUUGUGUCCACAAGUAUUUAUCUAUGUGGUGGUUGUUCCAGGAGCGUCCUGAAUUGUUGCAAAAUGCCCUAGAUAUCAACACUGAGAGUGUCGACGUGCUGGAGGAAGUGGUCCUGGAUGCUGAGGAUGUGGUUCAAAUGUCUCCGGGGGGUGAUGACCUCUGCUAGCAACUGGUCUCAUCCAUCAAAACUACACUCUCAUUUUCUGUGUCUUCAGUCAAUAAAACACUGGCCAUACCCUUUA